ACCCUGAAAACAUCCAUUCCAUAGCCAGGUUUUGCUCUGAGAGUCAAAAGGUGCCUCUGGCGCUGGGAGACAUGCAGGCUGGAUGUCACCGGCUGGGGCUGCGUUGCUGCAAAGGCUGUGACUAGAGGCUGAGAAAGCAAAGGGGAUGACAGAGUCUCCUGACCCCUCCUGUGAGGACUACUCUUGGUGCUGCUCCCCCAGCUUGGCUGUGGGCAGUCACUGCCUCUAGAAGAUUCAGGAGCAUGCUGGGGAUUGCUGGUAGCUGCAACCUCUGAAUGAUCAGAGACAGAACAUGGGAGGCUGUGAAGCAGAGCAGUAAUGAGAGAAGCAGGAGUGUGCAGCUGAUGCUUUGAGGGGCAAUUUUUUCCUCCUAAUGCAAAAAUAGAAAUUCUGCUACAUCUAGUUUACCUUUGCUUAGGUACCCAUGGUAUUCUGAAUAAGGGAUGUGGUAUGUUAAUGGAACAAAAGUUGUUAGGUGUUCAUGUGGUGUGGGAUAAGGGAAAACCUGCAUUUUUGAUACAGAUAAAAGCUGACCAAGUGUCUCAGGAGGCAGGAAAAAUCAAAAGUGAGGGUGUGCAGCUGGUCAGCUCCAUCAAGAUGUUUAAAACAAGUUUGUUCCUUUGAGUACAUUUCAGUACCUUGGGACACGUUUUGCUGUCAGUCAGUCCACUGUAAACCUGGGUUUUUGUGGAGUUUCUGUGCUCCUCCUGCCAGUGCAACUGUGAGAGUAACCUUUGGCUCUGGUUACAUCCAUCUGGAGCAAGCUGUAGCUUGCCUUAUCCACAGAGGCAUUCCUAUUGACUUCAUAAAGUUUUGUAUGAGUUGGGACAUCUGGAUUUGGUACAGUAACACUUAACAUUGGGAUGUUGCUGUAAACACUGGGAUGUUUAUAGAAAUGAGAGAAGAAUCAGGCCCCUGCUAACCAUUUCACGGGAGCAUAGGGUUUCUUCCAAGAAAAACAUCUGAGAACUCGAGGACAGCGUCUGCUCUCAGUGUUCUGUUCUGCAGGAAGAACUACAUUCAGGAGGCUUCAAAUUAGCUUCUCUCAAUUCCUGUACAGAAAUGUCUGCUUGAGAAGUUCUUCUGCCUUGCAUUUACUAAUUGCACUAAUUCCUUAAGUCUGUGAAAUCUCAGUGAGAUCAGUUAGAGUGGAGCAGCCUUCUCUCAUGCUUUGGGAAUUCCAGCCUGAGCCUGUCCCACACCAGGACACGUGAUUUGAUAAUACCUGGGUCUCUGUCCUAAGAGAGGGCUAACUGAGCUACAGUGAAAACUGACAGUGAUGCUGUAUGUUUAGACAGGCAGCACUGGCUUUCAGAUCUCCCCUGUACCUGGGUCUAAAGUUCAGAGACGUUCUGAGUUACAGAUUAAGUUACCUCCCAAAGUUCCAGAACACAGGUUUAAAACCAAUAGCCACCGUACCAUUCUGGAAGACAAUGUCUGAAGGCCUCCGUGAGCUGCUUCAGUUACAGCAAGAGCUGCUCACAAACCAGCAGAACAGUUAAAAUGUUUCCGGCCGUGGUUGCCUUCGUGGGAUCGGAGCGGCAGCCUUAAGCCUGAGGUUCACCUGGGACUCUGCCAGAGGGGGAGAGGCCACAGUGCUUUAAUGCUGAAUUCACCAGCCCUACUGGCCUGUGACCCAGAAUGCUGCUACACGUCUCCAUCUUGCACUCUCUGGCCACCCAACAGCUGAGCCACUCCUUGGCUGCCACUCUGAUACUCAAUGCCACCUUCCUCUGCUGAAGCAUAGGGCCAGCCUGGCGUCUUGCUGUCUGUGCUGUAACUGCUGUCUGAACGAAGGAGAAGAUCUCUGAUUUAUACCUGAGCAGUGCUGAAUGUUGUGGUACUGAAAAAGGAACCAUUUGCGUGUCAGCAUUAAAACCAAUCUGACGGACUGCGGAAGCAGAGUGGACCUACCCUAAUCCAAUUCAGCACUGGGGUAAGGAAGGAUGCUAUGGCACCAUAGCAAGGAGGGCAUAUUCCAUAGUGACCACUACUAAGGUAAGACUCAAAGAUUCCUCAGCUUUUCCUACAGGAUUUAUCCGAAGACCCAUUCUUGAUGUCAUCAUAGUGAGUUAUCCAGUAGCAGUCAUCUUAAAGGGACUUGAAUCUCCUUUCAUUCGUAUUAGUAUAAAUAAAUGAUAGCCGCGUUGCAUGUACAAAUGAGUAGAAUUUAUGGGAGACAGAAAAAAAAACUUUAAAAUGUAUGGCCAGUGUUGCCUCUUUUUCAAAAUAUGCAGCCUAAUGUGGUCAACGUUUGUAGCUGACUCCAUUAUCUCUUUGUGGAGUAAAGCAGAUUUUUGCCAUGCUGAUUUUUUUUGUUUUGCUUUGGAACAAAGUGGCAUUGAGGUCUUAGUCUAAUGUAUGGGCACAGACCUUCUUCAGUCUUACCCAGUUGUCAGUGCUUGCAAUAUCUUAGGUCCAGAAGAUGCAGUAUCUCGCUUAAAGGAAAGAAAAUGGCCUGCUGUAGGAAAUCUUACAGCUAUAAAGGAAGUCCUAUGCCCAUUGAUUAAUUCUGUAGACCUUUUUCUUUGCUACUGUGCAAUGUCUUUAACUGGACAGUUCCAAACCUCCAGAAUUUGUGUUUAUGAAGGAGAAGGGAUAGUUAGAACCCUAGUAACUCCCCUGCACAGCUGUGACUGGAGGGAAUUAUGGGCUGAGAGCCCAACCAAUGAAGCAAAGUUUUAUUUUUGUCUCUGCAGCUGACCUGGAUGUCCAGUCCUGGGUAUGUUGCAAGGGUGUGAAAGGGGUAGAAUUUCUGAAUCCUGAUAUGUUUUAUUGUGGAUAGUGAAAGUUCUUCCUUAAUCCUCAGUCUUGUUUUUGAAAUUGACUCUUUUGAGAACUGGGUAUCUCUGUACUAGGACAAUGCCAUGAACAUCAAGGUCUUUCCCCAGAUGACUGAGCACUUUGGGAAUUCCCUACCCUGAUCCAAGCAAGAUGCUAAGAGAUUCACUGGCAUUGCUCAGUGGAGUUCCCCGGCAUCAUUCUCAAGAACUGGAUCACUAUGUAUGAAGCUUUGUUCUUGGAAAAAGGGAGUGUGCAGGAUGCCAAAUUUGAUCUGUGAUUACAGGCAGAAACAUUUAAUAUGAAUAAUUGCUCUAUCUUCUAUUUGCAGAGAGUAUUGUUUGAGCCAGCUUGUUCAGAAAGAAAGAGUGGAAAAGAGGGAAAUUACUACUGAAUGCCAAAUCUACAAAUAACAGUAACAGAUACAGUACCGGAUCAAUAGCCCUGCAUCUCUCUUUGCAGGGCCAGAAUUGCUUCUGAUCUGUCUGCUCACAGCAGAACUGUUCCAGUUUUGUCAUGAAGAGCAAAGCUUGUACUAAUCAUACUCUGUAAUAGCCACAGCGGUUGUCCCUGGGUCUGCCAUUCACCAAAAUUUAAUCUUGAUUGCUGAGAAUUUUCAUUGCAUGUAGAAAGUUGUUCCACAUGAGAGCAAGCACUGACAAACAAAACAAAACAAAAAAAACCCUAUACUUCUUUAUAAUAUAUAUUAAUAAAUAUGUGUGUGUGUGUGUGUGUAUACAUGCUAAAGUAUCUUCUAGUAUAUCUUUUAGCACCCUAAUAUUUCAUAGUCUAAUACAUAGCAGUAACCUUUCCCAUACAGGAUGUGACCAGCAAAUGUAUUGGCGUUGCUGGUAAGAACUCUGAAAUGUAACUGCAGUUGGAAGAGUUUGUAAAAACCCAAUGGUAUGAAACAAAAAUUUUCAGGCUUAAACCCCAUAAAUUUCUUUCGUUGUUCUUUUUGCUGAGUGUACCCACCUAUAUGACUGACAGUAUAUGUGAUUAGGAGUUAAUUCUCAGACAUAAUGUUCAUAUCUCUUUGUGAAUGGUACUGAGUUCUUACAAAUCUUUUGAUUUGGAGAGGGAGAAAAUGAACUAUGGUGUAGCUAUACCCAUGCAAGUUGCUGCAGGCUGUCUGCAGGCUCAGGCCACUGCUGUCCUCAAAUGACUUUGAACCAGCCUGUCUACAAAAACAAAGUUAGUGUUCCACUGCAAGUCCUCUCAGUAGCAGAUACUCCUGCUUUGGCUUCAGGACAAGUUGCGUCUUGUGUCUCUGGUGUACAUGAUGUAUUGGUUUGCAUACAUAGGUGUUAGAGCUCUUUCUUGAAAAAAAAAAUAGCUCCUCUGUAGGGCCUCACAGAGCUCUGUGGUAACCUUCUGGUGACCUUUUGUUUCUAAACAAGUGUUUUUGUGUAUGGAUGCAGUUUUUUUUUUUUUUUUUAAGAAGCAUAUGCAAGUCUGAUGAUUUGCAAUUUCUUUUAUUAGCCUUGUACUAACCAUGACGGAAUGACCGGAAAUAAAGGACAUACAGUUCACACUGUAUCUUAUAGUUCCAUUAAGUAGACAAUGGGGAAGCAAUUUGAAGUAAGUGAUUUGUAAGGCAGUUAAUUUAAAACAUAAUUUCUUAGACAGCUUGGUGAAAUUCACCAGUAUGUUUUUAAAGAAAAAAAACAAACAUCAACAGCAACAAAAAUACAACUUGAUGAUGCUUUGAAGUUUGGUUCUUACCACAGUUUGAGUAGAUUAAAAUUUAAAUCUACUGUAAUCCCAAAAACUUGAGUGUAUUUGUGCACAUGUUGUGAAGGGGCAUGAUUUCUUUACGUGUGUACUCUUAUGGAUUAGCAUGUACAGGCACAACCCAGCCCGAUGUUCCUGUGUGACUAAUGAGUAUAGCCUCCUGACCUGUUUCAAUGACUGGGAGCUACCAGGCCUUCCUGUGCACAAACCAUGAUCAAAACUGAAGCUACAAGUUUGUGAUGCAUUUGGUUGACAGCUUACUGGUAGAGCAACCAGCUCUAAUUGCAUUCCGGUUACUCCUGAGUGCUCCUUUUCAAUCUAUCUAUCACGAUGCUGCCAAAGACAGAAAUAAGCUACAGAACUGCACAACGGCAGCAGUAUGUAUUUGAUAUUCUGACCCUUGCUUCCCCUUGCAGCCCUCCAUGGUACUCCCAAGUUCAAUCACCUGAUGUAGCACUUGAUCCUUAGCUCCUUUCCCCCACAGAUAAACACUGAAGCGGUAAUUCCUGCUGCAGGAAUGUUCUUUCAUAAAUGCUUUUGAAGUGAGGAAACCUGAUCUCUUUUAAGAUAAUAUAUUAUUAGUUAGAUUUCAUUGGAAGAGGAUCCUCUAUAAACCCUGCCUAUUGUUUUCUCUCCAGACUAAAAGUUCAGUCAACUGAAACCUCAGUCCUUGGGAGUGCUGGUGAUACUUUUAAUCAUAAGUGGAAUAUUUAGAAAACUUUUCUUUCGUCUAAUAAGACCAUCCCCUUCUCUGUCAGCUCAGCUGACUUAUGACACUUUCACAACUUGGAAAUAACCUCAUGAUCUGCUGAUUUCUCUGUCAUGUCUUCUAGUAUUUGGUCUAAAUUAUCACUAGAUUAAUUAUCACUAAAUUAUCACUAUCACAAGAAAAUCUAACUAAAGCUUAUUUUGCUGAAGUCUGUGGUUUUUACUUUCAUAUAAAGUUGAAGGUGUCAGAACUAAUGUUUUUGAUGGUUCAGUAUUUACUUUAGUCCUGACCCAUGUAGUUCAUUAAGACUAGCUGAAAUAUAAAUGCUAUAGUUUACUGCAGCUAUAGUGUGGUUUUUUGAAUUUUUUUUAACCUAUAAGAAAGGUAUCUAACUAUCAACAGACAGUUUUCACAUUUGUUUUGAUCAAGAAGAGUUUCCAUGCAAUAACAUUAUUUUUUUGCCCUGUGAAAUUGACCUGUUCUGUCUUGCUACUCCAUAGGUCUAUGGUCAACAAAGGGAGUACAGUUGGACUGAUUAAAACUAUACUGACUGAUUACAACUAUACUAACUAUACUAUAAAACUAUACUGAAGGUAUUUAUAUCCCAGUACCUGGGCCGGAGCAUCAAACAUUCCCCCAGAACAUAUGCAGUACCCACCCACCACAACUUCUAUGGUUGUAACCGGGUAGGCGGGCAAUUAUGCUGAAAUUGAGACAUCUGACCCGAUGCAAAUGUGGACUAUCCUACCAUAAAAACCUUCCCAUACUGAAGAUAGAAUGAUACAGAAACAACCCUAAACACCAAAAUUCACAAUUGCAGCCGAUUCUCUUACAGAAUGUAUAGCAGAAGUUCUAAAAGCUUAAACAUGGCUACUAUCAAAAACUUUGCAAAGGAGAAUCUGACUCCUACAUCACUGCAAGUUUAUAGGUUAUGUCUUUUUUUUUUAAUGACAGAAGAAGAGUCUUGUUGAAGGGAAAAGGCUUUUAGAGGAGAUGUAUAACCACAGAGAUAUUAAGUAAAGUUUCAAGUCUCCUUAUGGGCCUAAGCUGAAAAAGUGAACUCAGGAGGUAUUAAAAAGAACUUCUGUUGAGGUCUCUGUUGUUUGGAAACAUUUUGCUCUCAAAUCUGUGCAGUGUAAAUUGCUUAUGAGGCUUUGUGGGCAGAUCUCAGCUGUUUAUUUUGCACACUGCUAAAUAUGAACUCUCAAGCCUUAGUAAAUCUACUUGCAAAUGUGCUUCGGAAACAUUUGUAAUUUUUUUCCUCUAAAUCUCCAUGUAAAAAGAAUUUCCAGACACAAACAACUGUCAGAGAAAAACAACUGUGAUUUGUUGGGGUGUGAAACUAGAGAGUGCCUAAAUUAUUUGCCUUUAUUAGAAAGCAUGUUGGCAAACAGACUGCACCUUUUAUGACCUCAGGAAGAAAUCUGCUUUAUUUCAUGCACAGUUAGCAGCUUACAGGAGAUAGUCUGCACAUCUCACCGACAGCUUUGGCAUUUGAUACAGGUUUUGCUUCAGACUGGGGGACAGAAGUGAAUUACACUACCACAAGAAUCAAUUUACACUUCACUCUUCUGAAAACUUCAGUGUCAGUGUCAUGUACAGAACAAUACCAGACCAGAGACAGUCGCUCAUUUUCCAUUUAUGAGCAACCAGAAUGAAGUUUCAUUCAUUUUGGACUUAAGCCAGUAGAAAAGAGCCUCUACAGUUGUUCACUGACAGUAUUCUCCAAGACUUUUUGGCUUGUGUAGGGCAAUGGUACUAAGCCAAAUGGUGAGAUUUCAAUUUGCUGGAUCCCACUGAAUGGCAGAAUGGGCUAGCUAGCUCAGGGCCUACUCACGCCUAUGCACUAAAGCAUUACAGAAGCAGCAGACUCUUCCCUGAAUAGACCAAAUGACCAGAUGAGAUUCAGCUGAGUCAUGAGGGAAGUCUAAACCACAGAAGUUCAUUCUCUUCAUUCAAAAGAGACGACUAAAAUAAAAAGGCCCCACUUCCAUCAUAGAAGCCUGGUUGCUACGCACAGUCCAUCAGAAACAAAAGCUCUACAACGCCCUAUGUAAUUAAUACUGUUGCAGCAGGUCGAUCUGUCACUCACAGAGUAUACUCCACUGUGGGGAGAAGCAGCAGCAAAGCAAACUUCAUCUGUCCCACAGAAGACAUUACCAAUAAACAGCAGCAGUUGCGAAAACCAGUGAGUGCCUACGUGGAUUUUGCCCAGCAAUUUGUAUAAUUGCCUGCUGAGCAGACGAAAUUAUUUUGCUUGGCUUCUGUGAGUCACGGAGCUGAUCCCUACCAUUUUCUGGAGCUCACCUGGCUAGAUGGUUAUGUCCUGGUCCUAUAAUCAAACCUAUAAAGGAAGUAUAUGGCCUGUCUUCAGGAUCAAGGAAGAUCAAGGCUGUAGUAUAAGGGUGGGGCAAACCUGAGAAUGCUUAUUAAAGGAAGAGCUGGCAAUGAUGCCUUCUGUUGAGGUCAUCCUGAGUUUUCUUAUGUUUCAAGCAUUAACACGAUGGCUUCUUUUACAUCUGUCUUUCUUCCAUGCUCUCUUAUUUUUAGAGUAAGAAGAGGUGAAAAGGUCCCAGGAUUCUAAAUGUUCAAACUUGCGACUGUCACCUCUUUUUCUUGCUCUCACGCUGAAGUCACAUCCUAAGAGAUUUCAAGAAUCUGUCAUAGGAUCAUAGAGUGGCCUGGGUUGGAAAGGACCACAAAGAUCAUGUAGUUUCAACCCACUGCUAUGCACAGGGUCGCCAACCACUAGACCAGGCUGCCCAGAGCCACAUCCAGCCUGGCCUUGAAUGCCUCCAGGGAUGGGGCAUCCACCAGUCAAUAAACUGGUACCCUGAAUCUGUAUUUCCUGUGGCUAUAAGGUACACUUUGGUUCCUAUGUUCCUUCAAGUGCUUGGUUGAAAUAAAACCGCUCUUCUCCUCGCACCAGAAGACGCAUUGGAUCCACUCAAAGUAUGACAUGUUUAUCCUGACAAAAUAACCGUGGCUGAGGCAGGACCCUUAGCACCCUAAGGCGCCCGUGGCUCCCACCUGGCUGCAGCCGCCAUACAGUUGGCCCGGCAGCGCCCUGCGCCUCCGGGAGCCAGGCCAGGUUUCUAGGAAAGAAAACAAAACGUUUUGCUCAGCCGGGUUCUGAGAGCCCGGCCAAACAUGUACACGCACAGGCGCUGGGCGGUAACGCCACAAGGCACGCUCGGAGCAGGCCGGCAGAGGCGCAGCGCUACACCAGCUCCGGUGUGAGCCGUAGGGGGUGUUCGGGCACAAAGCCGCACAGAGACCCCGACGCCACACGCGCUUUCUGUCGACCCGACCGCGGCCACCGCCGCGCACGCGCCUCGGGUAGUCUGCAGCAGUCAAGGAGUCACGCUGAGCUCAAGUUCAGAAGUACUUGACACAUGAAAUCUGCUGGCUCUCUAGCUGACUCUGCCCUGUCACCGUCUCAACAGAAUUGGAUUUACAGUCAUGGAGGAACAUCAGCAACAUUUGCACUGUGUGAACUGUGUCAGCCGUCGCUGUAUGACCAGACCAGAACCUGGCAUUUCGUGCGAUUUGAUAGGCUGUCCACUGGUUUGUGGAGCAGUUUUCCACUCAUGUAAAGCUGAGGAACAUCGCAUUUUAUGUCCACUUGAAAGAGUGCCUUGUUUGAAUAGUGGCUUCGGAUGUCCCUUCGUAGUGGCCCGUAAUAAAAUUGCUGAUCAUCUGGAAGUUUGUCCUGCGAGCGUGGUAUGUUGUACCAUGGAGUGGAACAGAUGGCCUGUCAGUUAUGCAGACCGAAAAUCUUAUGAAAAUCUGAGUAAAGAUGUUGAUGAAGUGGAGCAGCUAGAUAUGGCUUUGGCCCUUCAAGACCAGCGCAUGUUACUAGAAUCACUUAAAGUAGCAACUAUGAUGUCAAAAGCAGCUGAUCAAAUGUCAGAAUCCAGAGAACAAACAUCUGUCAAAACAAAUGCCCCAGAUACAGUGUGCUCCAAUGGUUUGAUACCUGUAGAUGAAGAGUCCUAUGGAGCACUUUAUCAAGCUACUGUAGAAACAACAAGGAGUUUAGCUGCUGCUCUGGAUAUCCUGAACACUGCUACUAGGGACAUUAGUAUGUUAAACUCAAGGCUCUGUGCUUCACCACAGGAAAUGAAAGAAGAUACUGAGAUUAAAGAACAAGCUUCUAAUGGCAUUAUUCAGGAUAGUAAGUCUGACCGUGAAUAUCCAGAUGAAGAAAACACUGGAGCAGUUGGGGGAAUUACCUUUGAUAGCCUGCAUCAAAAUUCACAAAUGGAACAAAAUGGCUCUAGUGAUAUUUGUUAUGAUGCAAUACAAAAUCGUGACUUAAAUCUAAACCUUACUAACUCUUCACUCUUGUGUAAUGGUUUUCAUGUGGAAAAUGAGUGUUCAAAGGUGUUGGACCAGAAUGAAGAUCUUGGUGUAUCUAAUUCAAAAUCAUUCAGUGUAGCAAAUGGUGAAUGUACUGCAUCUCAUGAUGAUGAAGCAUUACAGUCUUGCAGCUCCUUCCCUGUAACAUCACAACUUAAAGAAGUAAUACCAUCUGAUCACUUAGUUAAUGGCAAUGUUAAUCAUAUGCUGCUUCCCCAUAAUGCUAAUGAAGAGGAAAUUUUAGAGAGGCAAGUGGAGCAGGAAAGACUGAGAAAUGUAGAUGUGUUUUCAAUUAUGCGGCAUCGAUCGUACAAAUUCCUUUGGUCAGCACCAAAAGAAGACAAAGCUGUUGAUACAUCAGAUUUGGAGAUAACAGAAGAUCCUAUGGGUCUUCAGGGAAUUGAUCUAAUCACUGCAGCUCUGUUGUUUUGCCUGGGAGACUCUCCUGGAGGUAGGGGAAUAUCAGAAAGUCGCACUGUUGAUGUGUAUCGUGUUGACUUUGGGACCCAAACGUUUUCUCUCCCAUCAGCUAUAUUGGCCACAAAUACGAUGGUGGGGGAAAUAGCUUCAGCAUCUGCGUGUGAUCAUGCCAACCCACAGCUCUCAAAUCCAAGUCCAUUCCAGACCCUUGGACUGGAUUUGGUAUUGGAAUAUGUGGCUAGAUACCAAACAAAACAGCGUUCAAUGUUUACAUUUGUUUGUGGACAGUUAUUUAGGAGGAAUGAAUUUUCUUCUCAUUUUAAGAAUGUGCAUGGUGACAUUCAUGCUGGCCUUAAUGGCUGGAUGGAGCAGAGGUGUCCCUUGGCAUAUUAUGGGUGUACAUAUUCUCAACGAAGGUUUUGUCCUUCAACACAAGGGGCAAAAAUUAUUCAUGACCGCCACUUACGGUCAUUUGGAGUUCAGCCUAGUAUAUCUACAGUAUUAGUAGAGCCAGCAAAAAGCUGCCUAAUUGGACUACACAAUGACCAUUUGAGUAGUCUACCUUUCGAGGUUUUGCAGCACAUUGCUAAUUUUCUAGAUGGCUUUAGUUUAUGUCAGCUUUCAAGAGUGUCACGUUUAAUGAGAGAUGUGUGUGGAAGCUUGCUUCAAGCACGUGGAAUGGUGAUUCUGCUUUGGGAGAAGAGAAAGUACCCAGAUGGAAGUUCUUCUUGGCAAAUAAAAGAAAAGGUUUGGCGGUUCAGUACAGCCUUCUGUACUGUGAAUGAGUGGAAGUUUGCUGACAUCGUAAGCAUGGCUGACCACCUGAAGAAAUGUAGCUAUAAUGCUGUAGAGAGAAGAGAGGAGGCUGUUCCACUGCCAUGUAUGUGUGUAACACGAGAACUCACUAAAGAAGGACGUUCACUGCGUUCUGUUUUGAAACCUGUACUUUAAAUAUUGCAGCCACUCCAAUUGCACAUACACUCAAGCACCUGAUAUAACCUUGGUAAUAUUACGUGACACUUUAUUAAUGUACUAAAGAUACUUUCUAGCUAAAUCUACUCUGUCACUAUGUAUAUAAGGUUUGAAGUGACAUUUAUUUUUUAUAAUACUGUUUAGCUGGAAAGUAAUGAAAGUUGCCUUAACGUUUGAAAAAUUUGGAACUUGCUGGACAGGGUAGUUUUAUCUAACUUAUGUAAUUUAAAAAAGGAAUCCUAAGGUGUGUUUUGUUUAUUCACUGGUGCCCAUGUUGCUGUUGACUGAUGACAUUUCAAAAAUGGCCUCUAAAUGGUAUGCACGUUUAGAUAGGAAACACUGAAUCGUACUGAGACAAAAUCAGUUUUUUCUUAACAAAUUAUAAUCCAAAUAUUUGAAAGAUGAGGAAGAAUUAAAGACUUCAUGGUAGAUAUCUCAAACACUCAGCAUUGAAGCGCAUCUUUAGUCAUGAAAUCAGUGUUCUACUGCUGUUCCUAAUUAACAGGUGAACUAGGAUAAGCUUUUAAACAAUUUUUUUUAGGGAUUAUCUAAGUGAGCUCAGAUUUACAGCAGCUUAAUUUUUAGUACAACUUUCUUUUGACAUGUCAAAAAUGAUUACUUUUCUUCUGAGCUAUUAACAGCUACAUCACUUACGGGAGCAAAACUUUUAGAGCUAAAAACAUGGAAUGCUAGUUUUUAUUCUCGCACCUACAAUGACAUCUGAUUUAAAAUGUUUCUCCUUGUCCUGCAGUUGGCUGAGGGUUAAAUUGCUUGAGCAGUCAGAAAUUCAAAGUAUGUGAUGAACAUUUAUGAACUUAUAAUGCAGCUAAUGAAAGGGCUUUACUUGUUUUAUGGUAUCGUGAGAUGUAUUGUCUCCUUUUCUGUUAAUUUGUCUAGAAAAAUGCUGCUUUUUUUUGAGGAGCAUUUUAAAUUACUGGUAUGUGUAUCAAAUGUAUCAUCUUCAUAAGAUGAGACAUGAUUUGUUAAUUGCAUAAAGCAUAUCAGAAAUGUCUAUUCAACCACAUCUGUUAAAUGAACAACUCCAGUUUGUAUCCAGUCUUCCAUAAUAAAAGAUCUUGCAAAGCAUUUGUGAAUAGGGAAUACAUGCUAUGAAAAAUGCCCUGGUAUAGCAAAACUGUAAUUACUUGAACUGACUUUCCAACUUGUUUGUAUUAAUGUUGGUGUCUCUAGCUUGUUGCACUUAGCAACUGUGCCACAAAGCUAAAACAGAAACAGACCAGAGCUUAGAACAAAGAAAUACAGUACGUGUUUCCAUUAUAGGAAAAAAUAAGAGAUUAGUAAGGAGGAGAUGUUUACAAAAAUGGCUAAAUUUAUUCCUUGUAAAUUCUGUACUGGACAGUUGUUUAUGGCUAGUCUGGCUGCAGUUCACAACUUUGGUAUCUGUGCGUUUCCCUUUCUGGGUCCGGUCCAGCUAAACAUUCACUGCCUUUUUCUAUCCAGAGUGCUAAGGGUGCCCAGGAAAAAAAAAAAAAGAAUCUAAUCCUUUAGUGCCAUGAGUUUAAAUUACAAGAGCUCAAACAGAAGCUCUGCCUGGAUCCUGAAGCAACGAGUUCUCUUUCCACUCCUUCUCUUUUUUUUUUUUUGGUUGAAGGGAAGAAUUGAGUAAACCUACCAGAGAAGUCAGCAGUAUUUGUGGUAAUUCUUAGCUGUUACCACAGUUAUGUGGAAAGGGGAAUCAGAAAAGGAGGAGAAUCUUUUGUACGGAUCUGACCAACUGGGUUUUAGGCAGGAAUUAAAAAAUAUAACUAAAUAAAUAACAAUACAAAAUAAAAACAACAACCCUAUUCUCUUAGGGCAUUGAAGUGCUUACUUACCCACAGAUUCUUCAGUACAAGGCAGGAGAGAGACUUUAAUCAGUUCUAUCUUUUAGCUCUAAUGGCUCCUUGCUUCUGCUCUCCAGUGUUUAAAAGUAGUUGUGAUUGGAGGGAUCCUGACUGCUGAGGAGCUUAUGGUCAAGUUUAUGGCAAAAUCUACUUUAAAACAUCCGUCUUGGUCAGCAGUGUGGUGGUUUUGGUACUUGGCAUUCUUUGGAACUACCCAAAACCCUGAUAAGCGAUGGUAGGCGGGCGUGUAUCUUCGUUCCUUAGGAAAAGAGGGUAUCCAGUUGUAGGAGCUGGUGUUGGUAGAAUCUCACUUGUAGCACAGUGCAGAUCUACAUCUAAAGUAUCUGUUGUUGUUUUAUUAAAAUGAACUUUUUAAGUACUCAGUGUUCUUCUUAAGAAAUAACACUAUUUCUCAAUUCAUGCACUUUUGUUUUCAAAUGUAGAUACAGGCUUUUUUGUUGUUGUUAAAUUAGUUUUAUUUUUUACAAGAAUCCAGAGCUAUUAAAAUUAUCAAUGUUGUAAACAAAAUCUCUGCCUUGUAAACUGCUGCAAAUGCAGGAAUACAAUAUAGCUAGGAUAAAACUUUUUUUUUUUUUACACUGCUAUGCAGUUCAUAAAACAUCUAUGGUGUAUAGUCAGUCUAUCAAAAUGUGGCUUGUUCACAUUUGCCCUUGAAUUUUAAAAACUUCUCCCUUUCCUGGUACAUCUUCCUUACAGCAUACAUAGACAGCUGUUCCAGUCUUUCUUUUACUUGAUACCACGUUGCUACUUUGUUUAAAAUAUGUUUUCAAUCAUUAUGCAAUAUUUUUUUUUGCAAUGUCUGUUAAAAUCCUAAUAAAACUUUUGGAGUUUCUCUUUUA